AUGUCAGAACUCCUUCCAAAAGAUAUCCAGGUAGAGAUCUUUCUAAAGUUACCAGUGAACUCAAUCUUAGCCUGCAAGUGCGUAUGUAAAUCAUGGCGUCAGUUACUUUGUAACCCUGAAUUUGUCAAGAAUCACCUUAAUCGUAGUAUCCAAACCAACCAACGUAAGGUUAUGGUUAGUAGUUACCACCCGUUUAUGCUUUACUCUUCCGAUUAUGCUUCAAUAUCAAAAUCAUCAUCACAAUCCUUUUCAUGGAAUGGAUCUGUUGCAAUCGACUUCCCUUUUCAUAAUUACCGAGGAUUUGGUCGCUUCGAAAUAUUGGGUUCUUGCAAUGGUUUGAUUUGUUUACUUGUUUCUGACGCCCGCAGAAAAUAUGAAAACAAUGUCAUUUGUAUCUGGAAUCCAUCAACCCGAGAGCAUAAAAAAGUACCAGUAUCAGGUUCUGAGUUGUAUAGUGCUAUAUAUUCCCCUUAUGCCACUAGAUAUGGGUUUGAUUAUGAUUGUGUCAGGGAUGAUUAUAAGUUGGUAAGAAUUAAUAAUAAUAAAAUCUGUAGUCGCUCUGAAAUUCACGUUUACAGACUAAGAUCAGAUAAAUGGUAUAGAACUGGAACACGUCAAACACGUCGUCGUUACUCUUUUCCUUACGAAAGAAAAUCGGAUGGUUUGCUUUCUAAUGGAGCUCUUCAUUUGUUAGGCACAAUCCGUGUAACCUUCACUGAAGUUAUUGUGUCUUUCAAUCUAAGCAAUGACAAAAUGGUGGAUAUGCCUUUACCUGCAGUACCGCCACACCCAGAAGCUAAGCAGUAUAAAAAUUUGGGAGUAUUAGAAGAUUGCCUUUGUUUAGUUUUUGUUGUUCCUCGUGUCAGUACUGACGUAUGGGUUAUGAAGGAUUACAGAUUGAGAGACUCCUGGACUAAACAGUUCACCUUUAUCCAAAAUGCAGAUAGCAUUAUUGAUUUUUCCUUUUGGAAGCCUAUUUUGGUUUUUAAAAAUGGUGAUAUUCUGGCAGAUACUAUCUGGCAAUCUGUUGUAUGUGACCCAGAGGAAGGAAGUAUUAGAAAAGUGUGCAUUUCUUCUCUUGAUGGGACGACGAUAAUGGAUUCCGCAAGCUAUGUGGAGAGCUUAGUUUCACUGAACUCGGGUAAUUACGUACUUAAAAAGAACAAGAAAAAAAGAAAACGGACUACGCAUUAUGAGUGA